GUCACUCCGCGCCAGACUUCGUCCCGGGAGGCGUCGCGCAGUGACGGUGUCACCAUGGAGCCGAGGGCGGGUGUCUCUAAACAAGACAUCCGUGAACGAAUUUGGGACUACAUGGAGUCACAAAAUUUAGCUGAUUUUCCCCGGCCUGUCCACCACAGGAUCCCCAACUUUAAGGGCGCUGCCUGUGCCACGGAGCACCUCCCCCGUUUGCAGGCGUUCAGAACUGCCAGAAUCAUUAAAGUAAAUCCUGACGCUCCCCAGAGACACACUCGCUUCCUCGUCCUCGACAGCCAAAAAACAUUAUUGGUUCCAACACCACGACUGAGAACAGGAUUAUUUAAUAAGAUCAUACCGCCCCCUGGAGCGACCAAAGAUAUCCUGAGAAAAUGUGCCACCUCUCAGGGUGUAAGGAACUUCAGCACCCCCAUAGGCUUGGAUUCCAGAGUCCUUGUGGAUCUAAUUGUGAUUGGAUCUGUCGCUGUUUCUGAAAAGGGCUGGAGAAUUGGAAAGGGUGAAGGCUACGCUGAUCUCGAAUAUGCCAUGAUGGUGUCGAUGGGAGCCGUCUGCGAGGGGACGCCUGUGGUUACCAUUGUCCACGACUGCCAGGUUGUGGACUUCCCAGAAGCACUGCUUGAGGACCACGACCUCACAGUCGACUACAUCCUCACCCCAACCAGGGUCAUCACCACAGGCUGCCAGCGCCCAAAGCCAGCAGGAAUCAUGUGGUCCAAGAUCACCCGUGAGAUGCUUGAGAAAAUGCCAAUACUCAGAAGUCUCCGUGACCGAGAGCGGAGGGCUGGGAAGGAUGUCACCCUUUGAGCUGAGCCCUGGCCCCUUCUGGAACCUGGCUGCUGGCACCCAGAUCCCCCAAGCACUGCCAGGAGACCCCAGAACACACCAUGGUCAGGGGCAGGUUCUCUGGGAGCAGCCUGUGGCCCCCUGCAGGGGGAGGACGCCCUGCUGACUGCCACUGUGUGUGUGUGUAACCUCCCCCACGAUGCCCGCGUUGGGGACCUAAGGCAAGCCCUCCGAGAGCGCCAGCCUAUGCCGCCGCGGCUCCUCUGGCGGGGGGCUUGGUGCAGGGCUGUCCUGCACUACCCAGACCCAGCUGCAGCCCAGCAGCCCACCUCCUGCUUGCAGGGCCUGCACCUGGGUGCCAACACCUUGAGGGUGGCACUGGGCCAGCAGCAGAGGGACACGUGACCUAGUGGGCCACCCAGCAGCACAGCUGCACUGGAGAUGUGCCCUCUCUAUGGUCGGCACAUUUCUGAUGUGUGACAACCUUUGCUACUCACCCUGUAGAAUUCGGGAGGCUGGGUGGCAGGACAUGGUGGACCUGUUUCUGUGUGAGGUGCUCGGUUCGGUCUCCCAGCUUGCUAGGCAGCCACAGCUUAGUGAUGCCGCCAGUGAGGAAUACACCUCGUGGCACCCAGGAUGCUGAGAGCUGAUUCUCUCCCGUUCUGUUCUGGGCUUUGGGCUGGGCGACAGUGUUUCCUCUGGAGCACAGGGUGAAGGGACUGAGUGAGCAGGGAGCGCAUGGUGGUGAGUGGUGAUGUGAUUUAGGACUUAGGAGCUUGGGGUGAGAGGAGGCGAUGGGCAGAUGAGGGAUCCUACCUAGAGAGGCUGUGGCAGGGAAGGGAGGUGGGCAAAGACAGGAAUGGGGGACCCUUGGCCAGGCAUGACAGGAGGGGGUGCUGUGUUCACAAAGUCCAAGGAGUUCAGUCCCUGGGUAGAAACUGCUUGUCAUGACCCACCAUGGGAUGCUGGCAGACAGGAGCCUGCCCACUCCUACAGGGAGGCAGGGCUUUGUCGUAGAGGGGCUAGCCCACAAAGUCACACAGUCGCUCACACUUCCUGCGCCCAUGCCGUCUGGCUUCCCAGUUCCUGGCUUCUGGGCUGUGGUGCCAACUGCAGUGACCAACUCGGCUCUCUGAGGCACUGCAGCAAUUGGUACCAGGAGCAGAAAUCCUCCAGGUGUGCGUGUGGGGAAGGGUGGGUCUUUUCAGCAUGGCGGCCUCAGGAGGGUAGGCCCUGGGCCUCCCUCGAGGGGGUGUUUUCUCAUUGCUUCAAAUAAAAUGCUGUGGAGACUCAGAGAGGUGUGUCCUUAGGCAGGCUCACUCACUCAGUGCCGACCUCAACCUCUUUUCUGACUCUCAUGAGUGGGUGAGGGGGAGACAUGGCAGGCAUGCCCACUGCCCUGGCCCGGCCUCACUCUCCCCUGACCCCCUGUCCAUCGCUCUGUGCCCCAGAGCGGCCACCCAGUCACUGCAUGCUGCCCACUUCACGUGGUGCCCCUUCUCACUGUUGAUGUGCUCCUGUCAGCAGGGCAGAGUCAGCUUCCUGUCCCCACCCUGCUGACAGGAUCCUGACCUGGACUUAGCUAAGUCUGACGCCCACUCCAUCUCAGACUGAUGGGUAUACAGGUCAACAAAUGGUCACUCAUGUCAGCCAGGUGGCAUGAGGUUGCGUCACUUGCAGCCAGAAUG